AUGGGUUCAUCCCCGCACACCAGCACCUCUCUUGGGGCGCGUGACCGGAGCCGGGGGUCCGAAAAGCCAGGGCUCACGCCACCGCCCUCGGUACGCCGCCACACUGCCGUCAAUCAACACUCCUGCCCCCCCCCACCCUCCGACCCAGGCCGAGCCCCGGGACUCCGCGCGGGGGCGCGGCCCGGGGACCGACCGGACCGCGAUCGCUGUGUCAAGGAGGGGGACGGACAGACGUCACUCGGAGAGCUACUAAGUUGUGCGCGAGUGCGCGCUCGGGGUCCCCAGGGCACGACCCCUGGGGGAUGGGGGAGCGCAGGCGGCAGAGCCUCGGCGGGACGUCGCUCGGGCCCGUCGCGCUCACCUCUCGAGCUGCGCCGCCUUCCUCCGCCGCUGCCGCCGCCUCCUCCCGGUGAGUGCAGCGGGGUCUGCCCUGUGGAACCACCAUACCAGUCCCGCCCGCUGCUGCAGCGCCGCCGCCGCCACUCCUCAGCCGCCUCAGCCGCCGCUCUUUGUUCCCCCUCCUCAGCCGCCGCUCCUCAGCCGCCCGCCUCGGCCGCCCGGACCCCACGAGCCGCCGCUACGCUCUGCCGCCCUCUCGGACCCCGGCCUCGCCCUCCUCGCCGCGCCGGCCGCCGCCUUCGCCUCCGCGCCGUCGACGCCGCCGCCACCGACGCCGACGCCUCCUCUUCCGCGCCCCCCUCGUUUUCAUUGAAAGCAAACAAGCAUCAUGGCGGCGGCCGCCGUCCCCCUCCCACCCCAGCCAGCGAGCGCCCCGCUCACCGCCGUCUCUCCAACAUCCCGGCUUCCUAUUGGCUGACGCUGCUGGACGCGACCAUCCCGCGUCGGGUGGGGGGGUGACUCCUCGCAGCUCGACGCUUUAGCCCCGUCUACGUUCCCCCGCGUCUCAGAGUAGUGAGCCGGCCCGGCGCGCUCCUGCCCGCCCUCCCAGCCUCUCUUCCCGCUCUCUCUGCGCCUAUGCUUCUCCGCGCCUUCUAUUUCCUCUCCUAAAGCUGUUCUUCCACGGUUCAGUUGCUCCUUUUCUUUCUCGUCCACUUUUAUAUCCACUUUACCAUUGAUUUUCCCCCUCCUCUUGAUUCACUUUUUUCUUCCUUGGCCUGUCAAUCACAGAUAAAAUUCUCAGUCGGUUAACCCUGUCCAGUAUCUUGAUCUGCCGAGAGACAAAACUUUAAAUUUUCAAUAGUCAACUAUUGUUCCUGCCCUAACUAUGCAGAAAAAAAAAAUUAACAGGCAGUUUUUGAUAAUGGAGUCCUAAUUUAAGUAACGAAUCAUAGCUGCAUUCAAAGGCUAACACAGUCUAUUCAUGACAAACUGUGUUUUCAGGUAAACUGGAAAAGGAAUGGGCUGAUUAAUGAUACUAACAUCAGGAAAAAGUAGCUGACUGGUAUUCUGGACACAGGGAUUAAUCCAGCUCCACCUUGUCGAGUCAUAGUGUAUGGGCAAGAGUAACACCCAACAGACUUAAAAUACACCGGCACUAUAGACUGACGGGUUCAGCGUGAAGGAAAAGAGCUGCCCCUACCUCCAUGGGGCAGAUCAGCCCAAAAGCUGAGCGUGAAAUGGUUUCCAGGAACUAACAAGGAAAAAAUAAGUGCAUGUCUCUCACAGAAGUCCAUCAGGAAUGAGUUCCAGGAUGUGGGAACUGCAAGGCUGUUGCCUAAGGCAGGAGAGAACUGGGCAAGCAAAACACUGAGGGACAAAAGGCCUUCCAAGAACCAGAUGUUCUGUUCAAGGCAGUUUGUGUUUGCCUGGCCCCAGCAUUGCCUUGAGAUCACCCACUGCCUACCGUUUGCCAGGAUAGCAGUGUCAGUCUAGGCUUCUGGUGCCAUGAGACACUGGAAAAGUUAAGGCAAUGGAAACACCCAUCAUACGUGAGGAAUUAGUAAGGACAGGCGCAGAUGAUCUACCUGAAGAUAUAUGAGCUACCUGAAGCCCUGACCUAUGCAGGUCAAUCAGUGCCUAUUUUAUACAAAGAGUACAACCAGGCUGAGGGGCCAAGGGUGUAGACAUCCUGCUGGGCUGUUCCCAUUCCAGUGCUGUGCCCUGGGAACCUGUGCUCCAGCCUAGAGAAGAGGGUGUCUUUUUGCAACUCAUCUGCCCAAGGGGAGCUGCACUUUUGAGAGUGACUGUAGGCCUCCAGAGGAGCCUCGUUAUGUAACAAAAAACCUUAGCCUCAUUAAGCAACAAUUCUAUUAUAAUUCAGAAGUCAGAUACUUAGACAGUUCUACUGGUCUCACUUGUGGUCUUUCAUGCCAGUGCCUCACAGAGGUGUUGAAUGAUGGAUAUCUGGCACAUUUGUAUCCCUUAACCAAGCUCCUCCAUCUAUGUUGGGAGUGCUUCCUUUUACCUUUGUGGAUGAUCUUCUCCAGUUGGAGGUCAUUCUGGAUCACUAUCCGGGCAACUCAGGGAUCUAAGGGAAAAGAAAAAGAGUCACUCAAGUCUUCUUUCUCUGUAUUCCAUUCGCCAGGCACGCACAAGCACAGCGUGGAUUUAAGAGAGGAGACAAGCCAAGGAGCAGUUGUGCACGCACAUAGCCCGGUGCACCUAUUCAGCACCAUUGAGGUAGACUAGCCCUGCAAAGACUGGGGUCCCCAAGAAUGCAUGGUAUUGCUCAAAUUGAUUGCAUUAACGAUUGUCUGAUCAAGCCAAUCCUGGCAAACUGAACUGCCAAAGAACCAGAGCGCUUUAUUAUAGAAGGUCCAUGGUUUUAUAAGGGAAAGACAAGCCAUACCAGAGAGCAUGAAAUAUGGACCCGGGGUAGUUAUUCGAUUCUGAAAAUCCUCUGCUAAGGUGGAGGCUUGGUGUCCGAGGAGCACCGCUGACAACCUGAGUCCCUUAUCCGUGUGUGCUAAGGACAGUAAUAUAUCCUUGCCAUCCACCUCUCUUUCUCUGGGCUCAGCCCCACAGUUUUCUUCAGUUAGAAUGUGGUAUUAUAAAGUUACAGGUCCCCAUCAAUCGUCUUCACAGUAUUUUGUUAUCUUUAGGUCUAGUGUAUUAGAUUUCAUUUGAUUCAAAAUUCAGUUCAAACAGCUUUAAGGAAUAAGAAAAUGAGAAAGGAAAUUAGUUGGCUCAAAUAGCUUUGAAGGCCAGGAAAAGUAUACCAUUCAAGUGUGACUUGAUCUGGGGACUGAGGACAUUCUAAGAUCUAGUCUCAUCCAUGGUGACCACGUCAUCAGAAGCCAUAUUGAAUCAAAGCAGAUGUUAACUUCUACAGGGUUUAAGACCAGCAAGAAAAUGAGAGUUUGUCGUCUUGGGCCUGACUUCAUUUCUAUUUCUGAACUAAAUACCAUCUUCAGGAGAAUCUCUUACCCUGACCAGAAAGAAAUCACAUUCCAUCCCCAUACCCCCAUGUAAUUGGGCUGGAUUCAGAAGAAAUGGAGAGAAUUGGGGUGAGAGGUGAGAUGAUGCUGUUGGGAAAGAGAAACAGAAGCAGAAUGGCAGGAAGCCACAGAAACCUAAAGUUUAUUCUCUCUCCAGUCUCCUACAUUCAGAGGCCCCUGCUAGCCUCUUCUCUUCUCAACGUGUCUGAUUUGUCCCGGUUUCAAUCCUGCCGGGUAGAAUUGAGAGAUGUCUGGAAGUCUUCUAAACCAGAAAACAGGUCUUCUGCUCUGAGCUCAACAUGCUCCCUGAAGACUCACCUCAGAGGAUCAACAAGAACCGGACGAGGCAGCAGGUCUGUUUCUGUUUUGACCUAUGUAUCAUGGUUUCAAAGAAUUAAGCUAAUUUUCAAUUGCUAUACAAAAAUUACUAGGGACUUGGAGGGCACCUCAAGUGUGCGUCACCUGACUAUUAUAAACAAGGCUCUGGCUUGGCUCCUCACGAGAAGAAAUAAGAAAGAAAAAGUGUCAGUCAUGAAUUUGGGAGUAACUUAAAAAGCAGAAAAGCAUGAAGAAGAAAGUGUGCCUCACCCUGGUUCCCACCCCAACCGCACCCCCUAAAAGCUAAGCAUUUGGAUUUGGACUUCUGGUAAACCUCAAGCUUACUUGCCAGAUAAAAGUAUUUACUCCCAGGAUGAGAAGUACUGAAGUGUCCUAACUACUAAAGGUUUCAUGCCCUAAAGUUUAAUGCAUGUUCUGAGAAUGUCUUGAAACAAGGCAAGUUUUAAAGUUAGGCAAAUCACAUUCCAAAUAACAUUCCUGGUACAUUUUUGUUUCACUAACAGAUACCUACCAAUUCAGGCUAGUAAACCUGUAAAUUUUUGGCAGCGGGUGCAUCUGGAGGGGGCAGGUGGGGAGAUCAUGGCUCAGUGGGUAAGAGCACUUCCUUGUGCAAGCAUGAAGACACCCCAUCAUCUUUCUGACCUCUUCAUAAAUGCACAUUUAUGUGUUUUCGGAAACUUUGGCCCCAGCAACGAGCAGGUGAUUUGGUGUCAGUUUUGAUGUGUAGGGCAGAGGGGUUUGGGCAAUGCUGGAAAAGCCCAGAGAUUCCUUCCACCUCAAAUGUAAGCUACCAACGCCUACAAGUGAUUAAUCACCGAUCCUCCCCUGGGUGAAGAGCACUGUCCGUUACAUUGCUCCUUAUUAUAAGAUACGAGGUGUUAGAGAGAUGGCAGGAACCAAACUGAAAGUCUGUAAAGUGAAUUGCAGAGAAUUCUCAAAACUAAUCCUGUAUCCUGUGAUGAUUAAUUUUGCUUGUCACCUUGGUUGGAUCUAGAAUCAAUUAAAUGGCAGGUCUUUUCAAGGGUACUCUUUUUUUUUUUUUUAACUUCUAAUUGUUUUAAGACAGGGUCUCACUAUGUAGUCCUGGAUGGCUUGGAAUUCACUAUGCAGACCAAAUUAUAUAUAAAUAAAAAGGUUUCCCAGAGGCAUCAGUUCAUGGUUGCUUCCUCUUGUUGCCUUUGUGCUAGAAGCAAGACAAAGGACACUUGGUGGUAGGAAUAUAGAGAGACGAGAGCUACUCGGCCAUGCUGAGCGAUGCACCGUGACCAGCUGUCUCAAGCCCCCGAUGCAGCAACUUCCCUACAAUAACCGAUGGUAACCCGGAACUGGGAGUGGAACUAUUUUCUCAACAGCAGGAGAAACUAAGCACAGGGAACAAGUCCCAGGAGGGCGAGCAGCACCCCUGACCAUCACCAGAGGAAAUUCAAACAAAGCGUUUUCAUUUCCUAUCCGUUUGUUCGGAAGAUCAGUUUUUCCUCUUCAAGUUAAUACUGUUUCCUUUACUAAAGUAAGAUUCUUAUUGUGUAAAAAUUAACCACUUCAGAACAUAUAAUUCAGUAGCGUUCAGUGCACUUGCAAUACUGUAAACCCACCUCUCUCCGGUUAUAAAGUAUUUUCAUCCCAUAUCAGAGCACAUUGGAGAUGUCGUGAGAUACCACUUUAACUCGCUUACUGCUGUGAAACAACAGACAUCAGACUCACCGGAUCUUGUUAUCGAGUGCACUAUUUCAAUGCAUAACUAGGGGAUGGAGAGGUGGGUCCGUGGUUAAGAACACUUAUUGAUCUUCCAGACGACUAGGGUUCGUAUGUAAAUGACUGCAAUAGAACAGAGAGGGUUUUGUUUUGGUUCUUUGUCUUUGCGCGCGUGCAUGUAAUGGUGUAUCAGACGCAUGUGUUUGUGUGUGUGAGUGUGGGCUUGAGAUUGCCAUAGCAUGAUCCAGAGGUCGGAGGACACCUCUAGCAUUGGGUCUUUCCUUCCACCUUGUCUGAGGUAGGGCAGGGUAUCUUUUUUGUCCUCUGCUGUGUAUGCCAGACUAACUGGUCCAUGAGCAUCUGGGGAUUCUCUUGUCUUUGUCCUUCUUGCAGUAGAACCACUUUCAUUAUAGAAUCACAUUACUGCAUGCAGAUUUUAUGUGGCUAUAGGUCCUUCUGCCUUCCAGAUAAGCCCUUCACUCCCUGAGCCCUCCCCUGGCCUUUUCUUUCUUUCUUUUUUUUUUUUUUACUCUAAGACAGUGUCUCCUGUAUCCCACACUGACUGUGGAUUUGCUACAUAGCCAAAGAUUCCCUUGGACUUCUUUACGUUUACCAUUUGCUUGGUUUAGACAGGGUCUCAUUAUGUGGCUGGCCUGAAAUUGGUUAUGUAGGCUGGGAUUAAAGGAAUGCACCAGCACACCUGACUUAAUUUUAAUUAUGUUCAUGAGAGAGAGUGAGAGAAAGAGAGGGGAGGGUUGUAUAUAUGAAUACAUAAGCCUACAGAGUCCAGAAGAGGACAUCAGAUCCCCUGGGGCUGAAGUUACAGGUGGUUGUGAGCCACACCUAACAUGGGUACUGGGAAUUGAACUUGGGUCAUCUAGAAGAGCUAUUUAUGGUCGUAACCACUGAACCAUCUCUCUAGGCCUCUUCAUUUUAUUAUUAAUUUUAAUCACAUUUUUAUUUAUUUUAUGGGGGGUUGCCAUGUCACAUGUGUGGAGGUCAUAGGACAACGUGAGUGUAUUCGUUCUCUUCUAUUAUAUGGGACCCAGGGAUUGAACUCAGAUCAUCAGGCUGGGCAGUAAGUGUCUUUACCAAUUGAACAGUCUCACAGGCCGGGACCUUGAGCACUCGAUCCUCCUGACUUCCUCCCGAGCUCAGCUCAUAGGCAUGCAGCACCACUGGCUUGUGUGGUCCCAGGUAUCAAACUCAGAACCUUACACAUGCUAGGCAUGAUAACUAAUCUCAGCUGCCAGCUUGGCUUCAUCUGGAAAUAACUAAAAUCCAAGGUUGGGCACCCAGGGGAUUUUGUUGAUUGGAUCAUUUGAAGUGGAAAGACUUACUCUAAAAUCUGGAUCAUUUGAGGUCAGAAGACACACCCUAAAUCUGGGCCACACUUUGGUGGCAGCUUAUAUAAAGGGCAUGGAAGAAUGAAAUUUUGGGGUUUUGUUUUUGCCUGCUUGCCCUCAUUCCCGCUGGCAAGUUCAUCUAACCUGCUGCUUCUUCUCUAGUAGUAGAACCUACUUCAGGAUUCCAAAGAAGACUGAGAUUCAGGAGGGCUGGAGAGAGCUUGGCAGUUAAGAGUAAUUGUUCCUGCAGAGGAUUCUCAGUAUCCACAUGGACUCACAACUGUCUGUAACUCCAGGAUCAGAGGAUCUGAUGCCCUCUUCUGACCUCCUUGGGUACGAGGCACGCACAUGGUACAGAGACAAGCCAAACACUCAUACACAUAAUUAAAUAAAUCUUUAAUGCAUUCUUUCACUCACUCACUCAUUCAUUCAUUCCAUCCAUUCAUUCAAUCAGUUCCUCUACAGAGCCCUGACUAAUGCACUAAUCGUGUAUACACUUACUCAACUAAGCUACUACCUCCCCUGCCCACAGACACAGAGUUUCUCUCAUAAGUGUUUUAUCACAAAUACAUAUCUUCAGCUUUUCUGCUUAAGUUGAUACAGUCAUAGGACUUUUCCUGUUGAUCUUCAGAUACUGAAACACCUUGUAUAACUGGGAUGGAUCCCUGUCAGUGGAAGAAUGUCAUCCUCUUUGUACAUUCUUAGAUUUGAUCUGCCAAUGUUUUCAUGCGUUUAUUUACAUAAGUUAGGAGAGAUAGGGAUUCAUGGUUUUCUUUCUUGUGCUAUCUUUAGAUGAGAGUACAACUGGCCCAUAAAACCAGUGAAGUGGCCCCUCUUCUAUUUGAAGGAACAAAUCUUAUAUUUGGCGAAGUACUCCAUUUCAGCCUGGGCCUCCUUUAUCUUUCCCCAUCUGUUCCCUUUCCUUACUCUGACAGUUUUUGUUGCUGUGGCGAAGUCACAUGAAGUAACUUAUGGUGGCUCAUGGUUUCAAAGGCUUCAGUACAUGGCUACUGGACCCAUCACUUUGGGCCUGGCAUGAAGCAGAGACCAUGAGCAUGUGGAAGAGGAACUCAUCCACCUAAUGGUGGCUAAGAAGAGAGAAAGCAGAGUAAGGGAACAAGAUACAUCUUCCUCGGGCACAACCUACUGACCUAUGUCCUCUAACUGGGCUCCACCUCCAAACACAUCGAGACUUCACAUCGAGAAUCCAUGAAAGAAAAACCAAUUGCUUUGACCAGAGUCCUUAGGAUCAAAUUAUUUCCCAGAAGCCUAUUAGCCACCAAACCCCCAUUGUAGAAGCCUGUGGGGGGACAUAUAUUCAAACUCUUUUUUAAAAGAUUUUAUUUAUUUUAUGUAUGUAGGUACACCAUCACUGUCUUCAGACACAUCAGAAGAGGGCAUCAGAUCUCAUUACAGAUGGUUGUGAGCCACCAUGUGGUUGCUGGGAUUUGAACUCAGGACCUCUGGAAGAGCUGUCAGUGCUCUUAACCGCUGAGCCAUCUCUCUAGCCCCAUAUUCAAACUCUUAACAGUUUUAUUUGUGUCUUAUAGGUAACAUAUAGUUGAACUGUGGUUUUUUUUGUUUGUUUGUUUGUUUUUUAUUCAUUUUAUAUAUGAUGAGUACAUUGUCACUGUCUCCAGGCACACCAGAAGAGGGAAUCGGAUCUCUUUACAGAUGGUUGUGAGCCACCAUGUGGUUGCUGGGAAUUGAACUCAGGACCUCUGGAAGAGCAGUUGGGUGCUCUUAACCGCUGAGCCAUCUCUCCAGCCCCUGAACUGUGUUUUUUUUAACCCAUCAUUCUUUCUCUUUUCAAGAUUUAUUUCAUUUUUCUAAGUGUGUGUGUGUGUGUGUGUGUGUGUGUGUGUGUGUGUGUGUGUGUGUGUGUGAUUGGCCGCGUGCAUGUGAAUGCAGAUGCCCAGAGAUCAGAGACACUGGAUCCCCCUGGAACUGCCUGACAAGGAGGCUGGGAACUGAAUCUGGGUCCUCUGUAAGAGCAGUGCACACUCUUAACCACUGAGGCCUCUGCCAGCCCCCAGACUACUUCAUCUAGCACAACCAUUGAAGUGCUACGACUAAGUCAGUCAUUUAAACGUUUGGGUUUUGCAUUUUUCUUGUUUGCUCUGUGUGUCAGCCUAUUUUUUGUCUGUUUUGUUUUGUUUUGCUUUCCCAGGACUCCCUAUUGGCCGCUUGGCCUUCCUUGUGUUUCCCUAAAGUUGCAGUUGUACCCCAUUGUAGUUUUCUUGUGCUGUAUCAUACCCAUAAACAGCUUAUCACAACCUA